CCCCAGCAAAAAAUUACAGAUACAGUCAUGAAGAGAGAUGUACGUAUCUGAUUUAUUUAACUAAGGACAGCUUUCUUGUUUUUAGCCCUUUUUCACAUCCAGCUUUGCCAAUUGAAGUGUGAGUGAGUAAGGUUACUCCCUCUCUCUCUCUCUCACACACACACACACACACACACAUUGGGGAUUACUGGAUUAGGUCAUUCUGUUGAUAUGAAGAGAAGAGUUCUCCAUUUCCUCGUUUGCACUCUCCAAGUAAUGAUUUGGGUAUUUAUAAUGACAAUCUGGCCACUUGCAUCGUGUAAAGUUGCUCGCGAGCAAGGAUACAUCUUCCGCCCCCGACGGGAAGUCCUCGAGUCAAAGCAGGGAUUUGAAAGCAUGGGAAGAAGAGUGAGCAAUAAUGAGGAGGCAUACAAAGGGGUAGGCACACUUGGGUCAAGACCACCAAACUGUGACCACAAGUGUGGAGUCUGCAGACCAUGUGAUGCCAUUCAAGUCCCAGCUACCACUGACCGUGUGAGGGUCCAAUAUGCAAAUUAUGAGCCUGAGGGAUGGAAAUGCAAGUGUGGCAUUUAUUUCUUCAACCCAUAACCCCGAGUACAGAGAAAUGUGUUUCAUGCUCUUCCUAUACUUGGGCAGGGCUUAAUUAUUUGUUAGUUUUACAGAGAAAACCAAGCGUACGUGCUUCGAGUUUGUUCAUAUUUUGCCUAGAUAUUCGAGUUUAAAGGGAGUUUUGGAGAACCCAAUUUUGUUCAUUAGUGGUGGUCUUAAGAGAUUUCCGAAGCCAAAAUGUGAUGUUCUUGCUAUGUUGUGUGGUCAUUUUAGCACGCGAAAGAGAACACAUUUGAUUUGUUAAAAUGGGCACCUUCGAAUGGCAAAACUACUGUUCAAGGGGCACGUUUGCAGCUUUGGUUAUUAUUAAUUUUUUUUUUGGUGCCAAAA